AUGUUUGAGCGAACCAGCGCCCAUGUACAGAGGUCACAGGAAGCCACCUUCCGACGUUCUAAAACAGUGCAGAUCAAUAAGCUGGAGAAACUGAAGACCGUGAAACUUGGAGACUCUCAGCCCAACCAGGACCAGGGGAACAUCGAUUUAUCCGGCACACAACUCAAAAAAUGGGUAAGAGUCCUGUCAAAAUACAAACCCACCCCAUGUGAAAUGCGUGUUCUAGGAAAAGGUCUUAACUUUGCUAUCGCCCCUAGCGAUAUUCCAGUCAAAGAGAUCGUCGCGGCCACUGAGGUAGCCUGCCACAAACUCGAUCAGGAAGAAGCAUCACUGCUGAGGAACGAGGUGGUAGGAAUACUCCAGAAUGCCAAGCCUCCCAAGCCUAACCUAACGAAGGAUGAGAGCAAGGCCAUCAAGUCACUUAAAGAAAACAAGGACAUUGUCAUCCUUCCAGCAGACAAGGGCAAGGCUGUUGUAGUGAUGAAUAAGACAGAGUAUGUGGAACAGUGUGAAAAAUUGUUAGGAGACAAGAACACAUACAAGGUUAUUGGUCCCACCAACCCCACCAAGACACUCAAGGGAAGGCUGCAGAGAAAACUGAGGGAAAUCAAGAAAGCAGGACACCUCGACCCUCAGGUGUAUGACAAGACUUACCCCACGUCUGAUGCCACACCUAGGUUCUAUGCCACACCCAAGAUUCACAAGGACCCACUCAAGAUGAGACCGAUUGUGUCAGGUAUAAACUCCAUCACUUACCACCUAGCUAGACACCUGGCUGACCUGCUCAGCCCUCUGGUUGGACAAUCCACCGAGCACAUUAAGAAUUCUAAGGACUUAGUCACUAAGAUUCGGGAAGUCACCUUAGACGACGGGGAGGUACUCACCUCCUUCGACGUUACGGCACUCUUUACCAGUGUCCCGGGAGAAGAAGUGGUGCAGAUGGCCAUGAAGAGAGCCGAGGGUGACCCAACCUGGAAGAACCGUACGUUGCUGACCCCUAAGGAGUUCGGCGACCUUCUUCUCCUUGUGGUCAGUACGACUUACUUCCAAUACAACAAUGUGAUAUACGAACAGACCUAUGGUAUGGCAAUGGGCUCGCCGUUGUCACCGGUCCUGGCUAACCUAUUUAUGGAGGAGUUUGAGCGGAAAGCCCUGGACACUGCACCCUACCGGCCAAAGUUUUGGGGGAGGUACGUUGAUGACACCGGGGUGGUUAACCAGCAGAAACAUGAACAAGAACUCUUUGAACACAUCAACAAUCAACAUGACAGCAUAAAGUUUACCAUUGAGAGGGAGAAAGACCGCCGCCUCCCUAUGCUGGAUGUGAUGAUGAUAAGAAACACAGACAAAUCCAUCACCACAGACGUGUUCCGAAAAGAGACACAUACGGACCACUACUUACAGUGGUCUUCCAACCAUCCGGUCCAACAGAAGCUAGGUGUAGUGAGGACCCUUAUGCACAGAGCCAACACUCUUAUAGAAGACCGUACUCUGAGAGAAGCAGAGAAGGAAAAAGUGAGGGUUGCACUCCGACAUUGUGGCUACCCAGAAUGGGCUCUGAAGGAGGGGGACAACAUCAACAAGAAACGAGUCAGCAAGGAUGGGCACUCUAGAGACAAAGAACAAUCUCCCGCUAGUUACGUCGUACUCCCCUAUUUGAAAGGCGUCACUGAGAGACUUAAACGCGCGUAUGCCAAGCAUAAUGUGAGCCUAUUCUCCAAACCCGGUUAUACUCUCCGCAAUGCCCUUGUUCGACCUAAAGACCCUCUUGGACCCAGUGAAAAGUGUGGUGUCAUUUACAAGAUAGCGUGUGAACAGUGUGGGGAGGUAUAUGUAGGGGAAACUGAAAGAUCGUUAGGUGAACGAACCGCAGAGCAUCAGAAGUCCAUAGACAACAAGGAUUGCAAAUCCGCGCUCAGUCAGCACUUACUCAAAUCACGCCACAUUGUAACGACCAAACCCAUCUCUGACAAUAUUAUGAUCAUUGACCAAGAACCACGCAAUGCACAUCGGAAGGUUAAAGAAGCAGUACACAUUCAAUUGGAAGGAGCAAAACUGAACCGGAACGAUGGAUGGGAACUGCCCAAGUCUUACUUACCUCUACUUCGCAAGGAGGCGGGGACCUGUAAGAUCCUUUAG